UCUUCUACGGCUUGUGUUUUGGUUACACAAACUUCUGCUUUUGACCCUCGGUAGCUUCCGUUGUUUGUUUUCCAGAAGGCAGUUGGGCAAGCUGACAGGUUACAAGGUGAAGGCGGCGACCCAGAAUGUCAAGCAGUGUGCUGUGCGGUCGAAGCAGGUUGGUCCUGUCUCCGACUGCCGGCCGACAAGCUUUGACUUCGCUCAGGGUCGGGAGAAGCAGAACGUUCUCGACGGCAAGUUCUGAUGAGCCAUACAUCGCUGUGUCACCCGCAGACUCCGGUCCCAGGACUGUCUGGCCGGAUGAGAGCAUGGGGCCGUUCGGACCUCAGGACCAGCGCUUCCAGCUGCCGGGUAACGUAGGGUUCGACUGCCACCUGGAAGGCAUGGGGAACCAAAAGAAGGGUCCGGUUCACAGGACGGUGCCGGAUGUGCUGACGACUCCCAGCGGCGCCGAGAGACACCAGUUUAUUCUGGCCCAGUUCGUCAACGAGUUUCAUGGAAAAUUGGGUCCUUUAUCCACAAGAGUCCACAAAGCGGAGCAGUACUUUAACCAGACAGACACAGACUGUUCUGUAAGCUCCUGCCCUGAGCUGCUAAAGAAAGAACUGGAGCUGCUGUUCCCCUCGGCGCCCACGGCCUCCAUCACAGUGGUGACGGUCACCCAGCGGGCCGGGCUGAGGGAAGACGGAGCAGCGGAGCCAGACAGAGACCAGCUGCUUCAUAAAUUUGUGAGCGGUGCUAAGGAGAUGUGUUUCGCCCUCUGGACGGCAGGAUACUGGGCUGACUUUAUCGACCCAACAACAGGAGAAGCUUUCUUUGCGUCUCCGUCGAGCAUGAUUGCACUGAGGCCCGAGGAGCAGCUCCAACAUCUGGGCUUUCACAUCGAAGUGUCGGGCUCCUGCACCGUCAUCCGCCACGUCCUCAGGGGGACGCCUCUGUUCGUUGGGACUGUUUUCACCAACGCACCUCCCAACAGUGCCGCUGUCACCAGACUACAAGGACUAUCGAACGGGUUUGAGGAUGAAGAAUAGGCUUAUUUAAUUUUUAUUUUUUUUAAUACUCUACACCAGAUCUGCCCAGAAUGCCUCCAAUCGUUGGGGUCCGAGAUGUUUUGAUUUAGCUAGGUUGUGUGUAAAAAAAGGCCCCGUCACACUGGAGCACCGUACGGACAUCUCAGUGUUAUACAUCCAGGCCCAACCGCACUCAGCUAAGCGCCCGCUCAGCAAUAUGUUCAGUCUGUAGAAAGUGUUAAUAUUUUUAGAGAAAGAUAUUUGUAUUUAUGAAGUAAUCUCUUCCAGGUGAGCAAAAACCCGCAGGAACAGUACAGUUUUUAACUGGAACGGUAUCAGAUCAAGCACCUUUCACCACAAUGUGGACUAUUCUGUUGCUUCCGGUCCGAGGAGACAACAGAGACGGUUUCCACUGACGCGUGACGCGGCAAAUAAAAUCUCUUCUUUUCAGGCUGGA